UAACAUUUUCUGAAGGCAAAUUAUACUCCAGGAGUGUUACCGGGCACUCUCUGGGCACUGUGAAUUUAACAUUUUUGCCUUACUCCACUUUGCAGAUGAAAAACCUCAGACUCAGAGGGGUCAAGAAAUUUAGUCAAUAUCACACAGCAAAUCAUUAUAUUCCUAAACCCAUUUUUUCUCCACUGGCAAAAUAGAGUACAUUCUUUUUUCUUUCUUUCUUUCUCUCUCUCUCUCUCUCUCUUUUUCCCAUAAUUCCCAGAUCCUGCACAAGAGAGUAAAGUCUUUUGGAGGAGGUGGAAUGGGAAAGUGAGCCGACAGACCCUAAUCUCCACCUCCCUCUUGGCCCCUCUCCCCGCCCCUUCCUUCCUGUCCUGCUAGAAGUUUAACUUCUACACCCUGUGGCUAUACCUCAGAAACCCGUGUAGCCAGAGAUGGGGACGGAGGCCACAGAGCAGGUUUCCUGGGACCUCUACUCUGGGGAUGAAGAGGAGGCAUACUCGGCUGAGCCGCUGCCGGAGCUUUGCUACAAGGCCGAUGUCCAGGCCUUCAGCCGGGUCUUCCAACCCAGUGUCUCCCUGACUGUGGCUGCGCUGGGUCUGGCCGGCAAUGGCCUGGUCCUGGCCACCCAUCUGGCAGCCCGACGCGCAGCGCGCUCGCCCACCUCCACCCACCUGUUCCAGCUGGCCCUGGCCGACCUCCUGCUGGCCCUUACCCUGCCCUUCGCGGCAGCAGGGGCUCUUCAGGGCUGGAGUCUGGGAAGUGCCACCUGCCGCACCAUCUCUGGCCUCUACUCGGCUUCCUUCCACGCCGGCUUCCUUUUCCUGGCCUGUAUCAGCGCCGACCGCUACGUGGCCAUCGCUCGAGCGCUCCCAGGCGGGCCGCGGCCCUCCACUCCCGGCCGCAAACACUUGGUCUCAGUCACCGUGUGGCUGCUGUCGCUGCUUCUGGCGCUGCCUGCGCUCCUCUUCAGCCGGGACGGGCAGCGGGAAGGCCAACGACGCUGUCGCCUCGUCUUCCCCGAGGGCCUCACACAGACGGUGAAGGGGGCGAGCGCCGUGGCGCAGGUGGUCCUGGGCUUCGCGCUGCCGCUGGGCGUCAUGGUGGCCUGCUACACGCUCCUGGGCCGCACGCUGCUGGCCGCCAGGGGGCCGGAGCGCCGGCGUGCGCUGCGCGUCGUGGUGGCCCUGGUGGCGGCCUUCGUGGUGCUGCAGCUGCCCUACAGCCUCGCCCUGCUGCUGGAUACGGCCGAUCUACUGGCUGCGCGCGAGCAGAGCUGCCCUGCCAGCAAGCGCAAGGAUCUGGCACUGCUGGUGACCAGCGGCUUGGCCCUCGCCCGCUGCGGCCUCAAUCCCGUGCUCUACGCCUUCCUGGGUCUGCGCUUCCGCCAGGACCUGCGGAGGCUGCUACGGGGUGGGGGCUGCAGCUCAGGGCCUCAUCCCCGCCGCGGCUGCCCCCGCAGGCCCCGCCUUUCUUCCUGCUCAGCUCCCACAGAGACCCACAGUCUCUCCUGGGACAACUAGGGCUGCGAAUCCAGAGGAGGGGGCAGGCUGAGGGUCGUGGGAAAGGGGAGUAGGUGAGGGAACGCUGAGAAAGAGACGGGGACCUAAAGGGACUACCUCUGUGCCUUGUCACAUUAAAUUGAUAAUAUGGAAAUGAGACGCAACCCAAAA